AUGUUCACUCGCACCGCGCGACUCGCGACAUCCAGCACCAACAGUGCAUUGACAUCAUACCUGGCCCGCGCCAGCUGCCGACGCUUCUCAUCCACGUCCCCAGCUUCCUAUGAACACAUUCUCACCGAGACCCCGAAACCAGGAGUUGGAUUAAUCACCCUCAAUCGCCCCAAAGCUCUCAACGCUCUGUCCAGUCCUCUCUUUCAGGAAUUAAACGAUGCGUUGAGUAAUUUUGACCAGGAUAAUGACAUCGGCGCCAUUAUUUUGACAGGCAGCGAGAAGGCGUUUGCUGCCGGCGCCGACAUCAAAGAAAUGGCACCCCUAACCUUCUCCUCUGCAUACUCCAACAACUUCAUUGCCCCAUGGUCACAUCUUGCAAACUCAAUCCGCAAACCUGUCAUUGCGGCAGUGUCCGGAUACGCACUCGGCGGUGGAUGCGAACUUGCCCUGAUGUGCGAUAUUAUCUACUGCACAGCCAACGCUACAUUCGGACAGCCGGAAAUCAAACUCGGCGUGAUUCCCGGCGCAGGAGGUUCCCAGCGAUUAACCAGAGCUAUUGGCAAGAGUAGGGCUAUGGAGCUUAUUCUAACAGGCAAGAAUUUCAGCGGCAAAGAAGCUGGUGAGUGGGGUGUUGCGGCUCGUGUUGUUGACGGAGGCAAGGAGGAGCUUCUGGCAGAGACGUUGAAGACUGCGGAGACGAUUGCGGGUUACAGUCGGGUUGCUGUUGUGGCGGCGAAGGAGGUAGUUAAUAAGAGCCAGGAGCUGUCUUUGAGGGAGGGUGUGGAGUAUGAGAGACGUCUGUUCCAUGGCCUGUUUGGCAGCAUGACUGCAUUUGCAGAGAAGAAAAAGCCCGAGUGGUCACACGAGUGA